UCUGCUGGUUGUAUGCCCAGUUCUGUAAGCUUCUCUGAGACAGUGAAGCUCAGCAGUGAAUGGGCUGCGGUCUUUCAUUUCUCCCCCCUCACCCUCAGUCUCAUGGCUUCUCCUCCACCUCAUCAACUGCAGUGCAGUGUCAGACUGGUCUUCCUCAGUGAGGAACAGAAGAAAGGAGGUGAAGAUAGUAGAGCAUGUGGAUUAUUGCAGCUGUCCAGCAGCUCCAACACCAAAGUCUUAAAACUUAAUGUCCAUCCUGGAGAAGAAGAAGCUGACAUAACCAUUACAGAUGAUGAUGGCGUUUGUGUGUUCAAAAGCUUGAUUAACAAGGAUACAGAAUAUUGCCGUGUGGGGAAGCAAUCAGUCCAAAUUACCAUUGGUUCCAAUAGCGCAUUGUUGCAUUUCAAGACACAUAGUGAGUACAGUUCUUUUCACAAUGCCUUGAAGAGGUUUAGGAAUCACAGGAAGGAGCACAAUGUGUUCUCUCAGCGAACAGAGGAAUCGUCAGCUGCACAAUACUUCCAGUUUUAUGGCUGUUUAUCUCAACAACAGAAUAUGCUACAGGACUACGUAAGGACCACAACAUAUCACAGAGCUAUAUUACAAAACCAUGUUGAUUUCAAUAACAAGGUUGUUCUAGAUGUUGGCUGUGGUUCGGGAAUCCUCUCAUUCUUUGCUGUGCAAGCUGGUGCAAGGAAGGUUUAUGCAGUGGAGGGAAGCGAGGUUGCAAAAUAUGCUGAGAUGCUUGUUAUUAGUAACAACCUUUCUGAUAAAAUCUCUGUUAUAUGUGGAAAAAUUGAAGAAAUAACUCUCCCUGAGUAUGUUGACGUAAUUAUAUCUGAGCCAAUGGGAUACAUGCUAUUUAAUGAACGAAUGUUGGAGAGUUACCUGCACUCCAAGAAGUGGCUGAAACCGAAAGGCAUGAUGUUUCCUGCUUUUAGUGAUAUCCACCUGGCUCCUUUUUCAGAUGAACAGUUAUACACAGAACAUUAUUCAAGAGCAAACUUCUGGUACCAGCAAUGCUUUUAUGGGGUGAAUUUGGCAGGCUUGCGAAGUGCAGCAGUCGAUGAAUACUUCCGACAACCAAUUAUAGACACUUUUGAUAUAAGAAUCCUGAUGGCCCGAACAGUAAAAUAUACUGUUAAUUUUAUUGAUGGUAAAGAAGAAGAUUUACACAGAAUGGAGAUCCCCUUUGUUUUCCACAUGGUACAGUCUGGAUUAGUCCAUGGACUUGCAAUAUGGUUCGACGUUGCAUUUGUUGGAUCACUAGUCACAGUCUGGCUUUCCACCGCUCCUACAGAACCUCUAACUCACUGGUACCAGGUACGCUGCCUUCUUCAGACUCCUCUCUUUGCAAAAGAGGGCGAAACUCUCUCAGGGAAAGUGCUGCUUCAGGCUAAUAAGCGACAAAGUUAUGACAUACAAAUCGUGGCAGCGGUAGACCAAACUGGCUUUAAGUCUGGCAACAUUCUUGAUCUAAAGAAUCCCUUUUUUAGAUACGCAUGAGCUGUGUGUGUGUGAAAAUCUGUGGAAGGACUUUGGGAUGAAGAACACGGUUUAUCCAAAACUGAAUAAAUGAAAAAAAAAAAGAAUCUGUCUGUAUUUAAUGGAUUUAUAAAUUCAAAUGUUUUAUUUCCAUUACAAAUUUUUAAUAAAGUAAUACAGUUUUUAUGAGAUUAUUUAUUUAUUAUGAAUGCAACAGCAUGAUGCUCUUUAAAUCAUUCAAUAUCAACAUAAAUUCAACAUAAAUGAAUAAACACUUAUGGGGUUAUUUACUA